UACAAAGACCAGCCAUUUUUAUGAAAAUAUUUGCAAUUAUGAACUCUUCGAACAACGCGGAACAGAACCUUGUUGCAAGAAUCUGUCUCUUUUAGUGAAUCUUAGAUAUCUAAGAUCAUGGCAAAGCUCGAAAAUAUUUUACAAGGUGAAUUUCUCGGAAAACGAAAUGGAAGUGUGAGGCUUGUUAUAACAGCAGUAACUGGAAUUAUAUUUGGUCUUCUGAUAGGAGCUUCUUUACCUGCUAACACAAUACAGAUCCAGUUCCCAUCUAGCAUUUUUUCAUACAAUGAAGACAGGAAUUCUAGUCUCAAAACUCCAGUAUUACUGAAUGAUACUUCUGCUAAAGAUCACAAUACGAAUACUACUAAACUGGGUUUAAAUUAUACUCUAGAGAAAUAUGCUCCAACAAAUCCUAAAGGUGCAGAAACACUACCACCGGGAAUCGUUGUUUCAGAGUCGGAUUUAUAUCAGCAUAGGUUGUGGGGACACCCAAGUGAGGUCCAAAUACUUCAAUUUUCAUUGUUCGUGUAA